AAAGAAGAUCUCAAAGUUACUGCAAUUUGGAACGCAUGCAUUCCGAAUCUGCUUUGAUAAGUUUUUCCCGAAAGAGGGCUUGGAGAAGACUCUAAAAGAUAAUGAAACAGACAUGAGAACAGGAAAGUUCCGAUUUCUACCACCUCAGUUAAAGAUUCUCUUCCCAAAACAAGGUGGAUCUAACAGUGUUACAUCUAAAUCUAUGGACAUUACCAUCAUGUAUAAAUUGCUGCGUAAUUACUCUGAAAUUUCUCCCCCUCAGAGUGGAUGGGGGAAAGUGCCUAAAGUGGAACACAUUACAGAAAGUGACGACAUAGAGAGGAUUCGUUUGUAUAGAAAUAAAUACAGUCAUGAUUCUGGAAGUAGUCCUGUGAUAAGUGAUGAUGUCUUCAAUAUCAUCUGGAAUGAUCUUUCUCAGGCUAUAAUAAGACUCAGUGGUGGUGUUUUGAGAAGAAGAAUCAGUGAAAUAUAGCUAUGGCAUAUGAUAAUUACAUCAAUUAAUAACCUAGAUGUUUGAAACAACUUGCUGUCAAUGUGAUUACUACUGGACAGAGCUGCACAGAUGUUCCGUUGUACCCGAAAACAGAAAAUAUUUUCUUUAAAAAAAAAUGAAACACUGAUAUUUUAUUUUGUUGCUAAAAGGGAAACAUUUGUAAUCGUUAUUGCUAUCUGAUUAGAAAUAAAGAAAAAGUUUUGCGCAGUUUUAAUUUAUCUGUUAUGCGUUCUUUUGUCAAGAGGGUUUGUUGGUUUAUAUUGAAUAUGAUGCCGACAAGAGUUUUUCAGUUUCGAUAUGAUUAAACUCUGGAGAAGUACAAUAGUAAAUACGUUAAUCUUUAUAAUCAUCAUGAUCAGGA